AUGCGUUCUCCUGUUGACUUCGAGAAGUCUCACGUUUAUGACCGGUGCCGCGAGAAACCGUUGACCUACUCUUGCGACGAUGCUGAACCCGCAGCUCCUCCCCCACCAUACUCGGCCUUCUCACCUAACCGUAGGCGGUUCAUGCUUGCCGUUGUGACAGCUGCAGGAUUCUUUGGACCAUUGACUGGAGCUAUUUACCUGCCUUCGCUCAAACUUUUCGAGACAGUCUUCAGAAGUUCAGAAACAGUGAUAGACGCUACCGUUUCGGUGUACAUGGUAGUCUUCGCUAUCGCGCCUCUAUUUGGCGCCGCGGCUUCUGACGUUGGAGGUCGAAAACUGGUCUACAUGGUUGGCCUUGGAUGCUACCUGGUCGCCAACAUUUUACUCUUCGUGCUUCCGGCUCAUAUUGCACUCCUGUACGUCCUUCGCAUCUUGCAGGGGUUCGGUUCCUGCAUCGUCUUCUCCGUCGGAGCGGGCACAGUCUCCGACAUUGUCGCGCCCGCAAAUCGAGCAUCUGCUUUGGGUUGGUUCCUCAUGGGUCCUCAACUUGGGCCAAUCCUGGGACCUGUCAUUGGCGGUCAGUUUGCCACUUUGACACGAUGGCGUUGGAUCUUUGGAUUCCUCGCAGCGACAUGUAUCCCAGUAUAUCUGGCUAUUGUUUUCUGUAUGCCCGAGACUCUGCGAUCGUUGGUUGGCAAUGGUGCACCUCUUGCCAAACAGCCCUGGAUCUCGAUACCUAGCCUCCGAACGAAGCCCCAAACAGAUAUUCAAGGACCCAAAGUACCCCGCCCAUCGUUUCGCAAGUUCAUGCAUCUUCUCAAAUACCCUCCUCAUCUCAUCGUCUCUUUCAACGGGGCCUUACAGUUCUCCGGUUUGUACGCGUUGUACAUCUCGUUUCCCAGGAACUGGGGAGGAAAUUAUUACAAGUGGUCCACCCAGCAGAUCGGCUACGCAUAUGUCGCUCCCGGACUUGCCACGUUCAUUACCUCAGUCGUUGUUGGUCGCCUCUCUGAUAUAAUGCGGAAGAGGGCCCUCGCAAAGAACCCAAACAAGAAGAUGCACCCCGAGCGAAGAAUGGCCAUCCAGAUUCCCGGCUUUGUAGUGGCUGCCACAGGCAAAGUCAUCUAUGGCUGGUUCUGUCAAUGGCAGAAGCACCCUGCAAUUGGUCUAACUGGGGCGUCGAUGGCAGGAAUGGGUGUCUCUGUUGUCUUCAUUACGAGCACGUCCUUCCAGACAGAGUGUGACCCGACUCAGACAGCCAGUUUGGUAGCUCUGGGAGGCUUCCUUCGUAACGUUGCUGCGGCAAUCAUGGCCGCAGCCACUAAUCGCAUCAUUGAGAAGGCGGGCUUUGGUUGGACAUUCACUGGCCUCGGCGUUCUCGACCUCCUGUGCAUACCAGGAAUCAUCCUCAUUCUAGCGAGAGGCGAGAAGAUGCGUGAAGCACUGAAGAAGGCGCAGCAGCAGGGUUGA